AUAAAUUUCAAAAAUGAGACACUAUCAGAAACGAUAAAUUGCAGAAAUGAGACACUAACAACAACGGUGAACCAGAAUGUGCUGUAAAGCCACAAGUUGCACGCCCCAACUGCCGACUGGAGUACUCUUACAUGCACAAUGUCGUAGAAGGAAACUGUAGUCAUUGUUCGACCAGUAACCAUGUGACUGUGUGCUGGAUGGGAUGAUCUCUCUCGCCCUCGGGGUGCCGCUCACAGUGGUCACUGUUUUAGGUCUCUUCCUCAACGGGUACAUCCUCAUCGUUGUCAUUUUCAGCAAGCAGAUCCACACAGCCAACAAUCUGCUGCUGCUCCACCUAGGAGUGGUGGACUCCCUGCUCUGCUCCAUGUUCCUCGUAUUCUCGGCUCCCUCGCUGCUGCGGGGGUGGACCAUGCCCUGCACUCUCCACGGGUUCCUGUUCACUCUCCUCCACCCCGUGGCUCUGUGGACAGUCUGUGGGCUCAACUGUGACCGCUACUACGCUAUCUCUGCCCCCCUCCAUUAUGGGGCUCUCGUCAGCCCCAAGAAGGUCACAAUAGGGCUCGCUGCCACAUGGUUGUUGGCACUUCUUCUGUGCAUCCCUCCACUGUUUCGAGUCGCACCCUACAGCUACCACACAGCGCUCGCCGGCUGUGCACCGGACUUCACAGCGGGACACGCGGCUCUAUGGUACUACGCCGUCUACACUACAUUCACCCUUCUGCUACCUGCAGCCCUUAUCCUCGGCUGCAACCUUAAGGUAUUGAUGAUCGCCCGUUAUCAUCGACACCGCAUCGCCAGCGCCAUUUUUGAGGUGACACUAUCGGCCCAGGUGACGAUCACACACCAAAGGAAUCCAUUUUUCCUCCCAGGAGGCCUGACCAGCAAGUUCCGAGGUCGCAGUGCGGUAUCCACCGUGCUACAACUACUCGGUUCCUUCUUCGUCCUCUACUUUCCGUACUACGGUGUCAUAGUGUGGGAAUCAUCCGCGAGCACAUUCCUCGUCGGGAAGGAUUUCUACACCAGAGUGCAUCCUCAUCUGAUCACCCUAGCGUCGACCCUGCUCACGUGCUCCCCUCCCGUGAACGGUCUCUUGUACGGAAUCAAAAGCAAGGUGUUGAGGAAGUCCUUUCAGAACUACUGGAGAAAGCAGAUGUCUAAAGUCGAGAUCAACCAUGAGAUCCAAGCUAGAACCCCUUCUGCCUGUGGAUCGCGAAGGCCGUCUCUGACACCUUUAGGGAUUCUGACACGACCUACAGGAUCGCUCCUACAGAGAAGACUCUCCGAGGCCUUCAUAGACUCGAACAGAUCUGCGCAGUCCUCUCCAAAGUCGAAGAUGACUAGGAUAUCAUCUGAGUUGUCCUGGAGACCUGUGUCCACCUCGGGUCUGGGCCUCACGUUCGUGGGGUCCGAUAUGGAAGGCGACACUCUGAAGCGCAACCAGUCAGUACGUCCUCAACACGCCGCCAGCUUCAGCACUCUCCAAGUCCCUCACAGUGAGCAGGACAAGUUGAGGAAUGAAGAGCUAAUCCGAUCCUUCAGAAUCGCUAUAGCCAGCACUAAAAACACUGAGGACGAUUCUAAAAGCCCUGGAAUAAUUCGUCCCGUGCUCAAAUCCAGCGUUAGCAACACCAGCUUAUUCGUACAACGAGUCCUGGGAGCCGGGAAUAUCCGGUUCAACCUCAAAGACAAUACCCCCAGUGUUCCUCAAACUAGAAGAUCACCUCGUAUCCUCAUAACGAGGGCUUUCUCCGAAGAAUCUGAGCCUAAAACGCCCAGCUCGCCCGGAACUCCCAACCGGAAGGCCGACCUGGGCAAGAAACAUUCCGUCCGUCUCGGCCACCACACUGAUUUGUGA